AUGACCUCGCCACUAGAGCCAGAGUCCCAGUCCAAGUCCAAGCCACAGCUCCCAAAGAUCGCAACACCAGCUGAAGUCAAAGCCAUUCUCCUCGCCAAUUGGCCCUGGGAGGGCAAUUGGGGAGGAAUGAUGGACAGGAUGAUGGAGGAUAUGCGACAGAUAGGCAUGUUGGUUGAGUGUGAGGGUCAGGAGGGGUAUUUUCAUGUUAUUUGGCCGAGAGGGGUGGAGAUGGAAGAGAUGGUUGUGGUUGAGAAGGAGGGCAAGGGGAACGCCCAGGGGGGAAAUGGAUGUUGA